GUCAAAUCAAAUCACACAAUGAUUUCGGCGAAAUGUAUGACUAAUAAAAAUGUACUUCUUUUAGCAUAAUUUCCAUGUUUUAAACUUGUUUCGAGUUAAUAAACAAGUAUUGUUAUUACCUCCUUAAUGUUACUUUAGCAUCAAGUCUUAUUAAAAUGGGUUCUGCAUCGGAAGAUGUGUAUGCUGAGCAUGAGUUGGAGCACUUCACUCAGCGGUAUUCAUGGGACUGUGGUGUGGCCUGUGUCACAAUGCUGUUGGACCCAGCACAACGUCAGGAGCUGUUAGACAACUUUGAGCCGAUCUGCAAGGAAGAGGGCUUCGGACAAAUCACAUGGACCAUUGAUCUGUGUUAUUUGUUGAAGAAGUUUGAGAUCCCUCACUGCAUGCAUACCACUAUGAUGGGGGUGAACGAGGCCCACAGGAAACACAACUACUACCGGAAUAUCAUUGAUAAGGACCGCCCCCGCAUCUCUCAACGCUUCGAUUCCGCAAACGCCGCAGGCAUAGAGUUGGUAGAAGGCCACCUGCCAAUUGACGCCAUAGUGCGUCAUCUACGACACGGCCCGGCGUUAUUGCUGAUCGACGCAGGACUGUUGUCGUGUGAUCUCUGUAAGCACAACAAGCUGAAGGCCGAUUUUAGGCGCUGCUUCGGCGGCUCUUUCACCGGCCACUACGUCCUCCUAGUGGGCGUCCGUCGCAACAAACUGCUGUACCGGGACCCCGCCUUAAGGCCACGCACAUGUGCCACCAGCAUGGCGCGCAUGGAGCGGGCUAGAGCGCCGCCUACUGAUAGAGACGUUAUACUUGUUUAUAAGGAGUACAGGAGGUGACCAGCUCUACCGUUACCGACCCCGCCUUAAGGCCACGCGCAUGUGCCACCAGCAUGGCGCGCAUGGAGCGGGCUAGAGCGCCGCCUACUGAUAGAGACGUUAUACUUGUUUAUAAGGAGUACAGGAGGUGACCAGCUCUACCGUUACCGACCCCGCCUUAAGGCCACGCGCAUGUGCCACCAGCAUGGCGCGCAUGGAGCGGGCUAGAGCGCCGCCUACUGACAGAGACGUUAUUCGUGUGUAUUAGGAGUACAGGAGGUGACACAAGAGACAAGGUUUUAUUUAUUCAUUGUUACUUAUUUACAAGUGUGUUCCGAAAAAAUAUGUUUACUACUUAAAAACUUAACACACGGUGGACUUGGUCACAUUUUCUUUAGUGUAUGAUAUCUAUACCUGUUUAUAUACGAAUUAAUUAUUGUCCAUGACAAAAAGUUUUUUUAAGCAAUUGUUUAUAUUAAUACAAAAUGGCCGUAUCAAUGACAGACAAUUAUUCAGUUAAGUAUCAUUGUCAUAAUGAUUUACAGGAAAGAAAUAAAUAUUUAUUUUUCAUAAAA